CUGAUCCUUCGCUGUCGUCGUCCGCCUCGUCCUCCUCUCCGUGUUGUUGUUCUCGGUGACGCGACGGAGGUGUAGCCUGACGCGGUCUCUUACGUGUCGGUCUGAAUAAAAGUGGAGCUCCGUAGACCCGGGAGUGACGAAGCGAGUCCGUGUUGAUGAAGAUGGAAGCUGGUUCAGAGGUGCAGCAGAGCGGCGAAGCAGCAGUCUCUGAGUCCGAGGCCCAGCAGAUCACCCUCGCCCAGGCGUCCAUCACAGCAGGCCAGGUGACCUCCAGCAGCCAAGGGGUCACCAUCGUGCAGCUCCCCAACGGUCAGACGGUGCAGGUGCACGGCGUGAUCCAGGCGGCUCAGCCCUCUGUCAUCCAGUCGCCUCAGGUCCAGACCGUUCAGAUCGCCACCGUGGAGAGCGAGGACUCCCAGGAGUCUGUGGACAGCGUUACGGAUUCCCAGAAGAGGAGAGAGAUUCUAUCCAGACGGCCGUCCUACAGGAAGAUUCUCAACGACCUGUCGUCCGACGCUCCCGCCGUGCCUCGCAUCGAGGAGGAGAAAUCUGAAGACGACUCAGGUCCAGCCAUCACCACGGUUACCAUGCCCACCCCCAUCUAUCAGACCAGCAGUGGGCAGUACAUCGCCAUCACGCAGGGCGGGGCCAUCCAGCUGGCCAGCAACGGCACCGAUGGGGUCCAGAGCCUGCAGACCCUCACCAUGGCCAAUGCCGCCGCCUCGCAGCCCGGCACCACCAUCCUGCAGUACGCCCAGACCAGCGAUGGCCAGCAGAUCCUCGUCCCCAGCAACCAGGUCGUCGUUCAAGCUGCUUCCGGCGACGUCCAGGCCUAUCAGAUCCGGACAGCUCCAACCAGCACCAUCACGCCGGGUGUCGUCAUGGCAGCGUCUCCCGCGCUGGGAACAGGAGGCGGCACAGAGGAAGUCACACGGAAACGGGAGGUCCGGCUAAUGAAAAACAGGGAGGCAGCCCGGGAGUGUCGCAGGAAGAAGAAGGAGUACGUGAAGUGUUUGGAGAACCGCGUGGCCGUACUGGAGAACCAGAACAAAACCCUCAUCGAGGAGCUCAAAGCCCUCAAAGACUUGUACUGCCACAAAUCAGAGUAGAACGCCCCACCACCCAUGUACAGAGACUCCGCUCAGAGCCGCACCCGGAAGCCACUCCUCCUUUUCUACGUUUCCUGCUUUCUUACGAAAAAAACAACAAAAAAAAACUGCUGAAAAAUCUGACGGUGGGAAUUACUGAGACAUAAAACACACCUGUCCCUCUUUACGCAUCGCUUUUCCUUCAUAAGAGGACAGUGAGCGUUUCAGAGCUCAUGGAAAGCAUUCCAGUCACUUGGGCCCAAUCAAGCUGGGCUGAAUCACCAGCAAAGAGGAAGUGACAUCAGCCACCUCCCAAAAGGCCGGUCGCAUGAUAACUCAGAGGUUACGUUUCUAUUCCUAACUUGCAUUACUCUGUUACCUAAUCACGCUAUGAACUGUAGGUGGGUCGUUUUAAUCUCUGACUUGUAUUUUGUUUAUUCUCAGUUUAUUUGCUUCUGUGACGCCAUUUUUUAUUUUUACUACUAUUUUUUGACAUAUGCCUUUUUAGGACAAACAGCUAAAUAUGAACUGUAAAAUGCAGCUUUAAAAAUACAGUAUUGAACUUGGGAAACAUUUGAGACACCAUUUGUCUUUUUUCCCCUUUUUUACUAGAAGAUAAAAAUAUCAUUGCUAAAUCAAUGGUUUUUCUAGCUUUGGGGGGUUUUGUUUUCUUUUUUUUUGGUUAAAAGUGAAUUUAAACAACUGUCAUGAACAUUUAAUUUUAAAGCUAGUUUUACUUUUUUUUUUUUAACAAAAGACCUUUUGCAGUAACAAUGAAUAUCUGCUUAAAUAUAGUAAAGUUAAAAGUACACCUGUAAAUAAGAGGGUUUUUUCUGUAUUAAGACAUAAUUGGCAGGUUGUUUUUGUUUUUUUAUCAGGUUCAAAAAGUUAUUUAAAUCUAACCUAAUUUGAAAAAGUCAUAAUUUAAUGCAGAAAAAUGGAGAAACAAUGUGGAAAACUGAAAUGUAGCCUAAUAAAAGUUCAGACAGGUGACCUGGCAUGUCACAUGUCCAAAUAAUCACCCCUCCACCACCGUGCUGAACGGUUGGUGCACUUAGUUUUUAACUCUCAACUUUUGAAAUUGGGCCAUAACUUUGAUAAAUGACAUUAUGUUUUAAAGACAUGACUUUUAGGGCCAGUCUAAGAGAAUGCUUUUUUUUUAUUACAAGAAUAAACUCAUAGUAUGAGAAUAAACACAAUUGUUAUUAUUAUUGUUAAAUUACAACAAAAAUCAUUUUAGUUAAGAUCUGAUGUGACCAUUGUGGCAAGCUAGUUAUUGUUUUUUUUGUCCUCUUCAACAUAGACUGUUUUCUUGUAAUUAAAAGGUUUUUUUUACUUAGUCUGGUCUUAACAAUCUAUAUAAAUACUUAGAACCUGGUAAAAAAAAAAUUAAUACUUGAAGAUUUAGAGGGUGUACUUACUAUUCAUCAUAACUUUAUUUGCAAGCUCACUGGAUAAACAGAUUGCUUGUUUUAUAAUGUACAAUAUGCCUGGUUCCAUAUUUGGACAGUUUGGGAGGGAAGACGAGUUUCUGCAGUUUAACGUUCCAUUUUAUCCUCAACAGGAGCUUUUUUUAAAAAAAUAAAUAAAGACGCCCACGUCUCCCCCUCUCACCUGAGGAGUCUGUAAGACAACAAAGCAGCGUGUGCACUUUCCUUGCUUUUACAAUCCCGAGACAUUUUUAAAAAAGAAAUUUGAGAAGCUCAGAGCUAACCGCUCCCUGAACCAAACGCUGACGGGUGUUUGGUUAAAGACGGGAUUUGGUCCAAAUUUCACGAAACCCUGAAAACGCGAUGUAUAGUAAGUCCAAAUCGGAACAAAGCUGUAAUUUUUAUGAAACAGAAUGCCAUAUUGUACUCUUAUGUAUGGUCAUCAAUUGGUAUGCUGUUUUUUAUGUUGCUUUUUAAUUUUUUUAUUCACGUUUUCUAAAUGUCAACAUUAACAUGUAUAACAGUGCAUUUAUGUUAGAGCCAUAUAAAUGAGAGUUUUGGCAGCUGAAAAUAAACAUGUUCUUGU